GUUCCUACAUUCAACAUUUCUGCAACAUCAUCGAGUAUCAUCUACGCCAGACUUUCUCGAACUCUCAGCUUCACACGAACUACACAGCACAACACACACGUCACGCCACCGAUAAGCAACAGGAACAUAACGCACCAUGUCUGUCCCACGAGAUCCCUACGCCGAUCCCUCGGCUCAAUCUCAAACUACGGACGACGACCGCCUCCAGCCCGUUCGUACCACAUCCCGACCGGGCAACGUGUCUUUUCAGGAGUCUCAACACCCUCGUCACCCUGUGAGGAGGGACACCGACCUCUCCGAUAAGUCUGGUAAAGGCUAUGGAGGCAAUGGAGCGGUCCCUCCGGUCCCGCCCAAGUUCACCAGUCACCCUUCCACUUCGUCUGCCGGGUUCUCACAGGAACCUCAUCUUCAAUACAGUGCUGGACAAGGUACCGCGCCUAACACUUACGGACCGGCUUCUACCCCCUCCGCUGGAGGUUUGGGAGGCAUGUUCGGAGUAGGACAUUCCGGUGGGUUAGGAGGCGGAGCGAGCGACGUUAGGAGGAAGAAGUCGUUGGUCAAGCCGGAUAGGGAGAGAAUCGAUCCCAACCAUCGAUUGUAUCAUUACCGUGAGCAUGUGCUCGCUCACGACCAGUACGGGGGUGGAGGACCUGGGGGUGGGCCUGGCGGGCAAGGUGGACAGGGGGGAAUGGCCGUCUUGCCCUCUACCACCGGGAACGCUCCUCCAGGCCUCCGACGCGGAAAGUCCUUGCUGGCGAGAGAACCUACCGAUUCUCAGGAAUCCGGUUUGAACAUUUUCAAGCGCGGGGCUACUCUCCGAAGGAAAUCCAGCCAGAACGUUACUUCUAGCCGUAACCCGGGCCCGCCUAACGGGGCGACGACCGGUUCGGGAGCGGGAAGGAGCGCGACGAAUUACACUAAACAGGAGAAGCUCGGGUGUUUGGGAGACUUUGCACCGGGACCAAAGGACGCUUGGAUGGUCUAUUGUUACUUGUUGACCGUCUGCGUGCCUGGCUUCGUACUCCGAGGAGUCUUUGGCAAGCACACUCGUGAAGCCCAACGAGCCUGGAGGGAAAAGAUCGGGCUCGUCUCGCUCGUCCUUCUCCUCAUGGGUGUCGUCGGUUUCGUCACUUUCGGAUUCACUCAGGCCGUCUGCGGUGCCCAGGGACUCCGUAUCAAGGCUGGGGAAGCGAACGAGGGAUACCUCCUUAUCAACGGAUACGCUUACGAGUUUGCCAACUGGUCCCAUCCUGCCGCUGGGAACUCGUUCAACGGAUCUACGAACCCGUUGUUCUCCGACGCUUGGCAGGCCGGAGGAAAGGACGCUAGUUUCCUCUUUCAACGGGUCAACGAGAAUUGUCGGGGGCUGAUCACCGCUGCUCCCGGAAGCGCCAUCACCCAGGCUUCGGAUGGGAGAUUGGGUUGGUAUUUCCCUUGCAACCUGCACGAUCAGUUCGGGAUGACUCCCAAGAACAUCACCGGAUAUGAUUCGCCGUUGAAUUGUCAUACGUCGAUGGCGGCCAGGUCUUCGUUCUACGACGAGCAUCCCGCUGGGCAGGUCUACUAUAAGUGGCAUCAGGUCAAGAAUGCGACGAGGAACCUAGUCGUCUACGAAAACUCCGUCCUUGAUUUGAACCUCCUGCAGUGGCUCGAGCCCAGUCAAGUCCGAUACCCAGAGAUUUUCGACGAGAUCAAGACGCCUAACGCGACCUUCCAGGGCAAGGAUAUCACCAUGCACAUGUACCGUGGUGGAAUGAAGGACGUCGCCAAGUGCAUGGUCGACACGAUCCGGGUCGGUUUCAUCGACGUCAAGUCGAUCGGCUGUGUUGCCUCGGACGUCUUGCUGUACCUCUCGUUGAUCUUCAUUCUCGGAGUCGUCCUGAUCAAGUUCGCCAUGGCCGUCGCCUUCGGUUGGUUCCUCUCCUGGAGGCUCGGAAACUUCAAGCAAGAGACAUAUCAGCAGCGAAUGGCUCGUGCGGCCGAGAUUGAAAACUGGACGGACGAUAUCUACCGCCCGGCACCUAGCCGUUACAGGCCCAACGCUGCGAUGGGUGGCGAAAAGGCGCCCAAGAAGGGCAGGUUCUUGCCUACGACCAGUCGAUUUAGUCGGGCCGAUCAUCUUGUCGUUGGAAACUCUCGUCCUGGUACCGCGUACGGUCAGGUCAACGAUAACGCCUACAGGCCUAGGCAGGCCAGUACCUACGGGGGCAAGCUACCCAAGGUUACCCCGCCUGGCUCCCCGAUGUUGCGUUCGUCCAGGAGCUCGACCUCGCUCGCGUUCGGUAGAGACGAGUCGGGCAUGUCUUUGGCCGACACUGCUGGCGGAUCCAGCGGCUGCCCGUUCCCGCUUGGCGACAUCGUCCCCCAACCUCCUGUCGAUUACCAACCCUUCGGCUUCCCCCUUGUACAAAGCAUCUGUCUCGUCACCGCCUACUCCGAAUCGAUCGAAGGUCUCCGAACUACCAUCGACUCGUUGGCCACCACGGAUUAUCCCAACAGUCACAAGGUCAUCCUGGUCAUCUGUGAUGGUAUGGUCAAGGGUUCCGGAUCCAAGCUCACUACGCCCGACAUUGUGCUCGGAAUGAUGAAGGACCUCGUCACGCCCGAACACGAAGUCGAGGCCCACUCAUACGUCGCCAUCGCUGACGGUCACAAGCGACACAACAUGGCUAAGGUUUAUGCCGGAUACUACGACUAUGACAACAACACGGUCGAACUCUCCAAGCAGCAAAAGGUCCCCAUCGUCCUCGUCGCCAAGGUCGGAAAUCCGCUCGAGGUCAACGAAGCCAAGCCCGGUAACCGAGGGAAACGUGACUCGCAAAUCGUCCUCAUGUCGUUCUUGCAAAAGGUCAUGUUUGACGAGCGAAUGACUACUUUUGACUACGAAUUCUUCAACGCGCUCUGGCGUGUCACGGGCGUCAGUCCGGACCGGUACGAGACGGUCUUGUGUGUCGACGCAGAUACCAAGGUCUUCCCGGAUUCCUUGACUAGGAUGAACGCUUGUAUGGUACACGACCCUGAGAUCAUGGGUCUCUGUGGAGAGACCAAGAUCGCCAACAAGACCGAGACCUGGGUGACCAUGAUUCAAGUCUUCGAGUACUACAUUUCUCACCACUUGACCAAGGCCUUCGAGUCGAUGUUUGGUGGUGUGACCUGUCUUCCCGGAUGUUUCAGUAUCUACCGUAUCAAGGCGCCCAAGGGAGAGACCGGUUACUGGGUUCCUAUCUUGGCAAACCCAGACAUCUGCGAGCAUUACGCCGAGAACAUUGUCGACACCUUGCACAAGAAGAACUUGCUCUUGCUCGGAGAAGAUCGUUACCUCACCACCUUGAUGCUGAAGACCUUCCCCAAGCGAAAGAUGGUCUUCUGUCCUCAAGCUGUCUGCAAGACUAUUGUACCCGACACCUUCCGAGUCCUCCUUUCGCAGCGUCGACGAUGGAUCAACUCGACCGUUCACAACUUGUUCGAACUCGUUCUCGUCCGGGAUCUCUGUGGAACGUUCUGCUUUUCCAUGCAGUUCGUCGUCGGAAUGGAACUCGUCGGUACCUUGGUCUUGCCCGCCGCCAUCUCGUUCACGAUCUACCUCAUCAUUGUCGCCAUCAUCCCUGGAACCGUCAAGCCCAUCCUCUCGCUCAUUUUGCUGGCGUUCAUCCUGGGUCUUCCCGGUGCCUUGAUCGUCAUUACCUCGCGAAAGUUUGUCUACGUCGGGUGGAUGUUCAUCUACCUGUUGUCGCUUCCCAUCUGGAACUUUGUGCUUCCGGCCUACGCUUUCUGGCACUUUGACGACUUUAGUUGGGGAGAGACUCGAAAGGUUGAAGGAGAAGGAGCGGUUGCUGAAAAGGGUCACGGUGACAAGGAUGGUGUCUUCGAUUCGUCUCACAUCGUGAUGAAGCGAUGGGUCGAAUUCGAGCGUGAACGUCGAUGGAAGAAUGGCCAGCAGUCGCGAGACUCGUACUCGGAUGUCAUCUUCAGGCGCGAGGGUGGCAUGACUCGUGACCGUUACUCCAUGGCCUCGACCCACGAGACCAACUUUAGCAAUUUUGCUGGUUCGGAAGCGGCCUUCUUGGGUCGACCCAGUCAGAGCUAUGCUUCCAUGAGCAUGCAAGGGUCGCCGGGCGAACACUAUCAGCCUCAGUUGGACGCUUCUCCCGCGCCUCCUCGUGGACCUUUCCGAGGUGGUCGAGACUCGUCCCCGGCUUCGUCGGAAUCGGCUGAUCACUAUGCCGAGAGGUACAGGUCGUACUCCGGAGACGUUCGUGACGAGAGUGCGCCUAUCCUCAGCUCGAACUAUGGCCCCACUUCGCCCAUGGACGAGUCGUUCCCGCCACGUACCGGUAUGGCUGCAAGCCAACGAUACCCCGAUGAUGACAACUACCGAUCGAACAGUUCUCGAUCGCCCCCGCCGGUACAGCAAAAUCCUUCGCAUUACCGAAGGAUCUCGCUGGUCGACAAUGGCCCCAUCGGCUCGUCGGUAGAUUCCCAUACGACCGGUGUAAGGAGAGUCGCCAAGGGACCAAAGCGAAGCUCAUCCCAAGGAUACGGUUUCGCUUCACCGCCUAGCGGUAGCAGCGGUCUCCCCCCUGGUGCAGCAGCUCCCGCGCAGCAGAACCGUUACUACUGAACUGAAACGAGCCAAUCAACCAUGACACGCCCUACUUUCCGGACCUCUUAACGAACGCGCAAAAAGCCAAUCCUACACCC